AUGAAACCGAAAAAUUCCCGCAAAACUACGAAACCCCAGAAGCAAAAUCAACCAAACGAAGAAACUACGACCACACCAGAAGAGUUCUCAUUCGCCAUAACGAGAGUCGCAGUUUCUCAGAUCUGCAAAUCAUUCGGUUUCAAGGGCGCUCAAAGCUCAGCCCUUGAAACCCUAACUUUGAUCACAACAAAGUACCUUCAAGAGCUUGCCCAGUUGGCUUCAUCCUAUUCCCAUUCAUCCUGUCGCACUGAAUCCAACGCUUUUGACGUCAUUAACGCCCUACAUGACUUCAAUUUGUUAGAGGGCUUUGUGGGUGCUUCAAAAAUUGAAGGCAACAAUUGCUUGUUGAGUUCUAGGGUUUUGAAAGAGCUUGCGGGUUUUGUUAAGUACAGCGAUGAAACCCCGUUUGCUAAACCUGUUCCAAGAGUCCAAAAAACCAAACUUUUGAGUAAAGGGUUGGUGCCUUGUAGUGAAAAGGAGAUGAUGAAGAAGAAGAAUUUGCAUAUUCCUAAAUGGUUGCCGGCUUUGCCGGAUUUGAGUGGAGGUGUUUGUGAGAAGAAGAGAAGUUUAUGGGAGAAUUCAGGGGCGGUGGAGGGGAAGGGAGAAGUAGGUGGAGAGUUGAGUGUAAGAAAGGAAAGUUUGGGGGGUGAUUUGGUUAGAGAGAGAAGGAAGGUGAGGUUUAAAAUUGGGUUGAAAGAAAAUAUGAUGAGCAAUGGAAUAUGUAAAGGUGCUGGGAACGAUGAAGAAGAUAAGAGAAUGAGAAAGAGAAAGAGAUAUUAG